UCUAGAGGGACGGAGAAACGCCGUCCCCGAAGAUGCGCGGCGCGAGCUUGAGCGGUGCUGGAGUGGCGCGCAGCGCGGCGGUGGGUGGUGGCAUUGCUCGAAAGGAGCUGAGGGCUGGAGCCUGUGUCGCUUGCACACCGUCCUCCUACUGGCCUGCUGUCCGUGCCUCCGCAGUGUGGCCUGGGAGAGAGGGAAAACACUCUUCUGAAGUUCCUGCAUGUUCGGAGCGUUUCUUUGCUCAGAAUUCGUGUGGGGCUGCGAUAAUGGAGUUAUGCCUUUGUGGGUAUGAGUAGUCACGCAGCAAAGUUAGACCAAAAUUCCUGUGUCCUGACAAGUGUGGCAUUUGCUCGCGUGUGUCAUGGGGACUCAGGAAGUGUGGGCACUAGUCUGUGCUUUCCUGGUUAUUCUCCAGAAAGCUCUUUUGGAGGUCCAGUGAGUAAGGGGAGGCAACUGGGGGAAAAGACAGUAUAACAUAUUUCUUAAAAGCAUUAAUUACUUAAUCUUUGUAGUAAAAACAGGUGGACAAGCUAGCCUUUUUAGCAGCAGAUGCUCAUUUGUUGGCUUCUCUGGUUCCAGAGCUGUCCAGGCUUGCCUGAGAGGGUCUUGUUUGGAAGAAGAGAGACUGAGUUAAGGGAAGUUUCUGAGUGAGAAAUGAGGCUUAUGCCACAAAAGCUGCAGGUAGUUCUGUACUGCCUUGCAGUGUGAGCAUGCCUUUGUCUCCAGGUCAUGUUUCUCUUAAGCCUGAAUUCUGCCAACAUUAGGCAUCCUUUUCUGGCAUAGCUUUAUCAGGAAGACCUAGAGCCACUAUUGUUUUUUGUUCUGUGAUCAACUAGCCUAAGUCAUUGUCAUUUGUUGUCAAAUCAGUUGUUCCUGUCUUUUUUUCAUGGUUGAGACACAGCUAUUUGAUUUCUCUUCCUUCUUGUUUAUGUUGCUCUCCUUGUCACAGCUCCUCCCAGUGUAGUUACUGCUGUUUGGGUUGUGAUUGCACUUUAUUGGUUGUGGCCUGGCCACUCAGGUUGGGGCUGGGAACUAAAUCUGGUCUUGUGGCUUUCCACCAUUGUCGUGCUCUUGAGACCUCAGUAUUUCUAAAACCAGUAAAGCGACAUUUAAGAGGUGAUAGCAGUGUAAAAUUUUGAUAGUGUGGGCAAUUCUCUGAAUUCUCAUGUAAUUCCCAAAGGCAGAGAUGGGGAGGGACCUUUCUUGGCUUCACCUCAAACCCCACAGGCCCACCAGAGAGACCUUCUGGAUCUAAUCCAGUACCUGCUCUAUUGCUCAUUUCCUUUGACUUCACACAGAUAAUGGUCCUCUCUGUAGCUUAAUUUUCUGCUGGUGCACUGAGAAUAACCCCUCCUUAUUUUAGUACACUGCUGUGAAUAUGAACAUAUAGGAUGAUUUUAGGUGUUUGGAUAUUAGAACAGUAAGUACCGUAAGUACUUUAGAGUUGUGACUUCUGGAUACUUAAAAAGUCAAAAGUAAGUUUUAUAUUAAAGGUAUGCAGCUUUUGUUAUCUGCCAUUCCAGAUCGUGGUCUGGAAAAUGAGGUUAAUGUGUUUUGCUUCGAAGUUGUUAACAGAUGUACCUGUAAUGAGUUUCUGUUGAUAACUUGGAUCAAUAAAUGUCCUGUUUAAUAGAUAAUCCUAUUCAUAAAUAGAUUUUAAAAAUACUUAAUUCCUCUUUGUGGAUCCUGGCCUUUUUGUCUGUCAUUAAUGUGAAACCAAUUAUGUCUUGGUAAUGAGUAUCUUGUGUAUUUUUAACACACACAUCCCUUAAUCAUGUUGCUUCCUUUAUGAGGAGAGCUGUGAGUGGAUUGAGUUCCUUAGUUCACAGUUGGCUCCUGCAGCUCACUGUGGCAGACAGUCUAUAAAUAGACCUGCAGUGGCAGAGUAGGGGUUUAGGCGUUUGUAUUGCGUGUACUGUCUUGGGUUUAUUUCUUAUGUUUAAAUGGUGGAUGACAGAUGCAGUUCAAAUCUUUAUGGUGCCUGGAGCAUGUCUGUUUUGAUCUUUUAAAAGAAUAGAGUUGGUUCCCACUGUCUGACUCUGCAGAUCAGGUCACUGCUAUAAAAGUGAAAAAUAUUUUUACCUGGUUUCAUUGGCUUUGACAACAGGCUUUGGGUAAUUUGCCUCAGCAUGCUUUGCAACAUCCAUUGGUUUUCUGUGGGGCCUGUCUGUGUGGAUGAUUUGGCAACAGAAGUUGCCAAAGGAAUAGCUGAAUGAUUCUGGAAUUGUGAAUCUUGGGAAUAUAGGGAGGAGGGGUUAGUUCCAAAACUUGUGAUUAGAAAGGAAAGUAGUACUGAAUUUGCAGGUAACAGCAUUCUUCAAAGUUACAAUUGCUCUAGGAUAAAGGCAAGGUAAGACUGGUGCCUUGACUGUUUUUUAGUGUAUACACCACUGAUAAGAACUUGGUCAGAGCUGUUGCACUGGCUUUUGGAGUGUUCAGAUGCAGACCUUUUCAGUUCUCCCAUGGCUGUAUUAGUAGAGCAGAUUCAUGUAGACCAUUCUUGUGAAGCACACUGGUGUUUUUGCUGAAAUGACAAGAGGUCCUUUUCUUGUCCAAAUCUGGUGUUUCUUUGGAGAUACUGUCACCACAUAAGUCUGGGUUGGCAGUGGAAGAAGUCCCAGUCUUGUGUUGUGCCACAUUCCAUUGCAGCAGUGUUCAUGUGCCUUCAGGUUGAGCUGGAUCAAGAAACAGAGCUAGCUGAAAACUGUGACUGAUUUACGUAAGUGCUGAAGCCAGCAUAAGGGAGGUGAUGGAAGUGUGUGAUGAGGGGGACAUAGGGCUUCCUUUCUUGGUGAUGUGUGCCCUGAUGUUCAUUCAAACAGUAUGUAAUCCUGUCUUCCUUGUCUGGCACAUGUCCUUGCUCUGUAUCAGUUCCCUGAUGGUCUACUCAUGCAUUUGAUGAAAAUGCUGUACGAGUAUUUUUUGUAUUUUCCAGUUUUAUUAGGGGGAAACUUACCAGAAUUUCUCCAUUCAAGAACCACUCAAGAUUGCAGUAAAUAUAAGCUGGUUCUUUAAUAUUAAGUAAAAACUACUGAAGGUGAUAGCUACUGCACUUGAAAACUGUGCAGUGGGUAAGUAACUUCUAGAUGUUUAUAACUGGUGAAGAGUUUCUUUGUUGAGCAGUGUUGGAAUUUUGUGUCAGUCUUUUGCAUUGAAUACGGUAAGGCAGAAGAGCUCUUGAGAAGAGUAUUUGCAGUAGCAGGUUAUUGCAUGCUCAAAAGUAAUUCAGUGAAGUAGAAAUAGGUCAUUUUAAUGAAUAUUUGAUUAACAAAUUCCUCACCCCUUUCUGAAUGUUACUUCGAGCUCUUUUCUGAGGUCUGUGAUAACUUUAAAUGGAUAUGUGGAGAGGGGCAAAGUAUCUCUGUGACUGUGAUUUUCAUGAGAUAGAGCCACUACUAGAAAUUAGUGGCAGCAGGGUAGAAACAGCAAGAGAUUCGUCUGCAUGGUUCUUUAUUGCUGCUUUGGUGCAGCUAUGAGUGGUCAAUGUCAUUUAUAUCAAUAGUUGCCGUUGUGUUAGGCCACUCACUUUAGGAUAGUGUCUGUUUAAAUACUGUUCUUGCCUAGCAUGAAAAACUUGGAAAUUAAUCCUGCUUGAGCAGGAGAUUGGACUAAAUGACCUCCAAAAGUCCCUUCAAAAAUAAAUCCUUGGUCAGGGUGUAUCAGUGGCUAAGUACUAAGCAAGUGGUGGUGUUUUGCCUGUCCAGGGUAUUUUGGAGUGUGCUCCUGCCUGUAUCAGUUGGGCAGUACCGAUGGCAUACUUCUGGGAAUUCCUACAAAUUUUCCAGUGCUUGAAGGUUAUGGGGUUACUCUUCCCAUACACCUAUGAGCACUGAAACCUGGUGACCUGGGGAGAGCCACCUUCAAAAGCAAACUUGGAUCAUAUGCAUUCCCUGUGCCUUAAUGCAGCUUCCUCUGAGGCUUUUUAAGGCCCACUGGUGUGAGGCAACAUGUGCUGGGAAGGAGAAAAGUGCUGGGAGCAGUAGGACUGAUGGCUGUCAUCGAUUUAUAGCAGCUCUUCAAUUUUGGCACCACCUCUGAGUGUUCACGUGUCAGAACCAAGUGUGGCAGAGUGAAUGGCUUCUGUGCCCUUCAGAUUUGUUUAGUAAAUAGCAACUCCACAGGGGCAAACUGAGGGCAGGAGAGAUGAAGUUCACAGCCACAGAGGGAUUAAAUAGGGACUGGAUCUACUUGAGAAGCACCUGGAGACAGACCCAGAUUAUUGACUGUUCCUUUCUAGAAAGGAAACUGGCAUGUUACAAUAUUUGAAGUUGUGAUUCACUCUUUGUGAACACUCUUGCACCCUUGAAUGCUCCUCUUCAUGCCAUAGAUGCAUUCUUCUUUUCCCUUCACCCUGAACCUUCCUGCUAAUUGGAAGCAUUCCCCCUGUUUACUCAGUUGCUAACAGGAUGCUUCAUACCAAAGAAUCAAUCACGCAAAAUUUCUUAGCUUGUGACACCUCUUAAUGUGCUGAGGAAUAAUUCUUAGCUAAGAAGAGGGUACUGAGUCAUCUGGAAAAAUAAACAGUCCUUGGACACUUAAUGCUAUUGAUGCUUCCACUAGUAGUUUUGUAACUUCAAACCUUCACUGAUGUUGCAGCGUAGAAACAAACAGCGACUUCUGCCAGGAGCAAUGAGUGAAUUUAGACUUGAGCACAUUUUAGAUGUGCUUUAAGCACAUCUGGCUUUGCUGGUCCUGACACUGCUGUCUCUUUGACAGCAGGCAGAGCCUGCACCUUUGCCUGCCUUGUCAUGAGCCCGCAGACCUCUCCUAUUGAUCUUAUGUAACGUUGAGAAAGAGAUGCACCUUCUGCAACCACCAAAGCUACCAUGCCUGCUAGGAAAUAGAGAUGGGGGUGACAGUGGUAUCUGAACUCCCCAAGAAGUGUCCAUGAAAGACAACAGUGAGGCCAAAUUACUGCUGCUUGUUUGGGUUUUGUAGAGGGAUCCAAAGGCUCUUUGUGAUUCUGGAGAAAGUAGGAGCAUUAUUACCCACUGAGUUUGAAUUUCAUGUGGGGAGAUAGCACACCCGUGUGCAGAACAGGACACAGGCAGAUGGUGGGCUUAAAGCAAGUCAGCAUAGUUGAACUUGCUUAGAAACCUGGGCAGCAGCAAAGCCAGUUAUUGGACCUUGAUUGCCAGUUGCACUAUAAAUGCAACAGGACCUUGCUGUCAUUAGGAUCACACAGUUAGGUAAGGACAUGUGGCAUAAACACAGCCUUUUUGGAGUCUCAUUUCAGAGAGGAGACAGUGCAGGAACUCAUUUGAUGAUCAUCUACCCCAGAGGGUUCGUUACCAAAUGGCUUUCUUGAAUGGACGAUUUGGUUUAUCUUUAACACAUCUAAGCAGUGCUGUGAUCCAACGACAGUUCAGCACCACUGGAGCAUGCCGAGCAAUACAGAAACUAACCCGUGUGCGAGUGGUGGACAACAGUGCGUUGGGGAACACGCCGUACCACCGGGCACCAAAAUGUAUCCAUGUGUAUAACAAGACUGGGAUUGGAAAAGUUGGAGAUAAGAUCCUUCUGGCUAUCAAAGGAGAAAAGAAGAAGGCUUUAAUUGUAGGGCACAAGAUGCCUGGCUCCACCAUGACGCCUAGAUUUGAUUCCAACAAUGUGGUACUCAUAGAAGAUAAUGGAAAUCCAAUAGGGACUAGAAUAAAAACGCCAAUACCCUAUACACUGCGAAGAAGAGAAGGCGAGUUCUCCAAAGUAUUGGCCAUUGCCCGCAACUUCAUAUGAAAGCUAAGAGAGGUCUUCAGCAAUCCUUUUAUAUCCUUUCAUGCAGUAGCUGUUCCUUGGUCCUUUUCCAGAAACUGGUGAAACAUGAAAAAGCUGAUGUUCAUCAAGAAUCUCUCCUCCCUUUUAAGAAUUUCAAACAACUAAUUUAAAUAUUGAAAAAGUUUAUUUUUCUCCAAAAGAAGGCUGAUUUUUUUCACAGAAAAAAAAUUGCAGAAAAAUUUUUUUUCACCUGCAAUAUGUUUGGGAAAUGGUCCUUCACCCUUACUCCUCCUGUGGUGUUAAUCUGAUCUGUCAUCAUUAAAAUGAGAACAUGAAAAUC